GUCCCCCCCCCCCAAAAAAAAAAAAACGUAGCCGAAGAGGAAAAGGACGGUUGCUUCCGGUCACGUGCCGACGUGACGUCACGCCCGCCGCCGACGUCAGGUUCGCUCUCCGCCCUCGUCUGAAGACCAGCCGAAAGCCGAGAGCCGGCGAGCGCUCCUUUUAUUUGGCCUUCCGACGGUCGCCCGGCCGAGCCGAGAGAGCCGCGAUGGUCUGCGGCGGCUUCACGUGUUCCAAGAACGCCCUGUGCUCCUUGAACGUCGUCUACAUGCUGGUGGGCCUGCUGCUGAUCGGCGUGGCGGCGUGGGGGAAGGGCUUCGGCCUGGUCUCCAGCAUCCACAUCAUCGGCGGCGUGAUUGCCGUGGGCGUCUUCCUCCUGCUCAUCGCCAUGGUGGGCCUGGUCGGAGCCGUUCGCCACCACCAAGUCCUGCUUUUCUUCUACAUGGUCAUUCUUUUCAUCGUCUUCCUCUUUCAAUUUGGAGUCUCCUGCUCCUGCCUGGCGAUGAACCGCAGCCAGCAGGAAGCGCUUUUGAACUCCGCGUGGGGAAUGUUGGAGAACAACACCAAGACGGACUUGGAGAGCCAGCUCAACUGCUGCGGGCUGCUCGACGUGGCCAGCAAGCGAGCGCAGUUUGAGCAGGACGUGCAGAGCUGUCCCGCCUUAUGCAAGAAUACGAGUUCAUGCUACACCUGUGGCGACAUGAUGCUGCACCACGCCAGCGAGGCUCUCAAGAUCCUGGGAGGCGUCGGCCUCUUCUUCAGCUUCACCGAAAUUCUGGGCGUUUGGCUGGCGGUGCGCUACAGGAACCAGAAGGACCCGCGAGCGAACCCCAGCGCUUUCCUCUAAGCGCGUCCCUGCGCUCGGGCGGCGCGGCGCGGGACCGGCGCCCUUUCCGACACACCGGUACACCGCGCCGCCGACGCGAGAACGCGCCUCCUCCACCCGAGACCGAGAAGCCACCCGAGCUCACGCCUGGGCGCCGAGGCCCCCUCGCCCGUAACGCCGCACCUCGAAAUGUUCUGCGUGACGAGACCGCGACGGGGCGUGUCCAACAAAACGGCCGCCAUCUUUGUGGAAUCUUCUCAAAGGGCGCGGAAUGGCCACCGCGUGCGCGCGUCCUAUUGGACUGCCCGCGUCUCGCCGCUCGUCUCGCUUUUGCGUGAGAUGGGAAGAAAUCACUGCAAAGUGGCUCGGAAGGGCCCUUGCCCUCAAAUUGCCCGCGGCCUUGCAAUUUGCACCUCUCCACUUUCUGUUGUGCUUCAUGAAAUCGGACUGAUGAUCGCGGGUGAUUAUUGAUGCCGAAAUCUUCAGGGCACGAAACCGCAAUUGCUCAAAGUGGCCAUUUUACGGCGAGUUUGAAACGGCCGACGCCUUUGGACGCUUGUCCGAGCCGCGCCGGCUUCUGGGUGGACUUGGUAGUAAUGCAUCGCAGCGGGUGAGUGGCGCUCCCUCGGGGAAUCUAAUUUCACGGCAUUUGACGAACAGAUGAGAAAAUGUCCUGAUGGGGGAGGGGCGUUCUCCGGAUUUCAAAUUUUCUGUUGGUAGUGUUAAAGGGGAAGCCAAGUCAAAAAUGGUCGUCACAACAGCGCGGUCUUGUCAAAAGAUGAAGUUAGGAUUCAUAUUGCGGUCGUGCGCUACCAAUUUGCCACAAAAUGGCCGCCCCUGCGAUGGAUUUGAAAAAACGGAUGGGUCUGGUUUUGCUGAACUCAUACUGCAUAUAACGCAAUGGAAUGGGCGCACAGAACGUAGUCCUGCAAACAACACUUGACUUCCCCUUUAAGGGAUCAAAAGCGAAAAAAUGGUUUCUUUUCCGUGAGUCGGGCUGUCCGUCGGUUGUCUGAAUCAUUCCAAUUUUGAAGUGUUACUUGUACUCGGCUCGAGGCGGCUCGUUCCCGACCGCGCUUGACAUCUUGACUUGCCCGCCAUCUUUUGUUUCCUCGCGUCACUUCCGGUGAUGAGGGAGGAAGCGAUCGGAACUGCGGAUGCGCUUCCCGCGUUUGCGAUCAUUCGUUCAAUUUGCCGUCCCGAAUCACGACAAAGCCGUUCGAACUGGACAUCUUCCUUGCGCAAGUUGCCGGGAGAUGCAGCCUUUUUACAGACUUUAGUGUGUGCGCGUGUGUUACGUUGCUAUUGAACCCGUGAUUAGACGAUGAGUUGCCAAGCCAAUGGCGUUCAAAUAUUUAUGAACUGCAGCUGAGCCAGCCGUCACAUGAUGUUGGAACUCCAACGGACCGCGGACGUGAUCUUGUACAUAGAGUAAACGUGCUGUCGCGCGACGCCGUCGCUUUGCGCGCUACGUCCCGUCCGAUGCGCCGUCGGGCGGCCCCUUUUUACGUCGCAAGUGGCCCGAGUUUUAGCCGAUCAUUGUCACCUUCUCCGAUUGGUCGUCAAGCGGCGCUUGUGGAAUGAAGUCCUUGCGCCGCUUCUCCACUAGAUGGCGCCAGGAGGGCCAACAACCACCUUUGUCGUCAUUCCCCGCGUGGCCGUGCGCAAACAUCGGCGACGAUCAUCGUCUUGCGUUCAUGCCGCGGAAGCUCCUGACCUUGAUAUCGCUUUGACGGCCAACUCUUACGCUUCGCCCGGUCGCGCGCCGGACAGGCUUUGGCUUCACUCGCACACUUUUGGCUUUUGAAAACAUGGCCGUGGCCUUCAUCUUGUCUUCUUUUUAGUUGAAAUGGGUUGAAGUUUUCUUUUUGACCAGACAGUGGAUUUUUUUGGGCACGGGGGGCGGUGAAGACUGGAGACACCAAACUCCAAAAAUCUGUCUCGGUCGGGCCAUUGGAUGGGAUCGACUUUCUUGUGAAAUGGGACCGUAUGUGUCAGCACAGGUGACAUUUCUUCCCUCUCCACAUAAACGAGAGGAGCCGCUGCGGGCGUCCGCGCCGCUAUGAAAAGCAAGCCCGGCUACGUUCGGCGGAACGGCGACGGCAGCCAUGGUUUUGCGUGGCGUAGCCAACUUUGUUGUACAGCGCGGCGAGGCCUCGCCUCCGCUCCUUUUUCGGCUUUUGUCCUUUAGCGCUCGUCGGUGUUGUUUGAGAAAUGCUUUGUGCAAAUGUGUUUGUGAAAAAUGUCGCAGGUCUAUUUGAAGUUGUCUUUGAUGACCUUUGACCUUGGAGAUGAGAUGAGCGUACACUUUCAUUCCGUGGCUUACUUGAACUUUUUUGCCGCCGCCGCCGUUUCUCCCCUGGCCUUGUGCCGUUGAUUUGUGCUGCCGUUGUAUCCCCCGCCGUCUUUUGGGGACGUCUCAUUUUACAAAUAAAUUUUCACCUUGGUCCGUA